AUGGACCUAUACGACAAACCCGAUGAAACGUCUCAAUCAAACACGCUUCCUAGGAAAGUUACUAGGAAUCUCUACGAAUUACUGCCAGGCACGACUCCUAGAAAGAGCAGUAUGGAUUCAUGCGAUAAACUUGAUGAAACGUCUCUAUCAACAAGGAAUCCUAGAAAAAGUACAAAGAGCUUCUACGAUUUCCUCAAAGAAUCUUACGAGCCAGCCACACCUCCCAGAAAAAGCUGCCUGGAUUUCUACGACAAACUGAGUGAGACUUCGGGAUCAAACACGCCUCCUAGUUAUACCCCCAGCACUGAACCACCGGAAUAUUUCACAGAAUGUGCACCUCCAACUCAAUACCAAGCUUUCCUUUCAUCAAAAACCCCUAAGGAAACAAUCAAUACAAUGGCCUCUGGCUCCCUUCGCGACUAUUACUCAAAGAUCUUAGACCCACCUUCCUCACCGACCUUCGAUCCUGCGUUUCGCACAACUCUACGUCGUUCUGCAGAUAGCCAACAGUCAUUCAAUCAUAGCCUUCCUCCAGUGCAGCAGCAGGGAUAUGAUGCUUAUCUCCGACAAAACCCCUGCAUUGAAAAAGUAUGCGACAUACCUCCUGAAUCCAAACCUCGUCUCGGCACUAUCAACUAUCCACCACUCUACGAAAAACAGUCCUCGAUCUCUAGCUGUUUUCCUUAUGACCGGGGAGACCCCAUUGACGAAUUCGGAUGCUGUUUUUCAUAUGACAGCCCGUCCGGGUGUCAUCCACCCCCACACGAUCCUAAAGACGAUAUAUUGCGUACCGCACUAGGAUACGACGAGGAAAUCCAACAACUCAAGAUGCGUAUCUUCGACCUCGAAUGGGACCUUGCGAAGGAGCGCAAAAUCAAAAACGAACUUCUAAACAAGCUCCAACGCGCCCGGGGAAGAACGAUUCCCGGGAUGAAGGCGGAGUGA